AUGGAAGCUCGCUCUCUAACAGCACUAAAUAACCUCGCGGGCAAUCCGCCUCAAUACCCUAUCAACCCAGCGCAGGAGAAACAAGAUCCUCUGACGCUCUAUAUCUCCAGAGUACCGGGUACUCGAGAUGUCAUUCUAUCACCUUUCAAACCACAACUCAAAAACGUUACCGCCGAGGAUGUCGCCAGCUGUCUUUACUACGUCCACUUUGAAGCACCGUCGCUAGAACCUGCCGGUCCACUACGAGAUGACGAGCACCGGUCUUCGAGUGAUGAGAGCUCGUCAAUACGGAAUAUUAAGAGGAAGCCUUUGCCUGGUGGCGCAAGACCAUUGACGCCCCCUCCGACCGAUCAUCUUCCUGUACCUGGCUACGUAAACGAGAACCAGGACCCUACGAGAAGACGGGGCCUUUCGGUCAAUUCGACCUUUGAUCCUCGACAAACGUCAGCACGACAUGGUUAUGAACAAGAGGAAGAAAGCCCAGUUCUACCACCUCGACCAAACAAUGUCCCCAGAAUCCAGACUCCGGAACCUGCUGUAGCCCGGAAACCACUUGGGCCUCGGAUGACAUCGAACAAUGCCUCCGCACUCGGCGACCAUCCUCUCCCGCCCCUUCCACCUCCCAACCAGGGAGGUCCCGAUUUCGAUCGAAUGCGUGCGACGAGUCGCCCUCCCCGACCGAAUCGAAACACCGAAAACCGCUCUCCCUCGCCUCGAAAAAGCUAUGAAGGAAAGCAGCCUUUUACAUUAGCUCUAAUCCGCCGUGAUCCCAGCACAGGAAAUCAGUGGAACGUUGGACAUAUUUCGUCUUUCCAGUCUGAAGCACCACCACCUGAUCAGGACGACGCGAACCCGUUGUUCGCCUCUGUACCGCCCGUUGCGCAACCGCCAACUUCCGGGAACCCACCCAUAAACGUUCAGAUCGAGACUCUUGGCUAUGGAAAGUUCCGCGGUAUGCCUGCGCGACGGAGCUUCGACGCGGGCCCAGGCUCAGAUAUGACUCAGCCACGGGACGGUGGUAUUGUGCUACAGAGACAAAUUGCAAUGGCUUACGGGAAAAGCUGGGCAUCGAAUUGGCGAGAGAAACUGCAAGACGGCGCUGGAAAGGGGCAUGGGCGACAGGGUAGUGUCGGAUCGAUCGAAUCAACCGAGGCCUCUUCGCCUGUUGAACCUGCGAUUUCAAUGCAUCCUGGUCCAGGACUGAGGCCUCGGGGAUACAUCUUUACCAGUCCCUGGAACGGAAGGUGUGAAUUCCGCACAGGAGCUGCUGGUCGAAGCUUGCGCUGCUAUCACAUUCUGCAUGAUGAUAGACCAAGCAAUCCUCUGGCUGAGUUCAGUCAGGGGCAAAUCCAAGGUGGCGGUAGCGGCAUGCCGAUGAGUGAACUUCGAUUCAAUCUUCCUACAGCAGAACUCUUCAAGUCUGCUGAAGGUCGUGAGGAAGUCAAGACCCAGCUCCAAGGGCAUUUCAACAAGUUACUCCGCCGCGAUGAACGAGGUGAUGGUUACGACAACGACGGCAUGGUUUCGCCAUUCGACAUAAAUCUUGGAAAGGAGAAAGCCGGCGGUGGCAACCGAGGAAAGAGAGCCAAGCUGGGCAAACUCAUCAUCUAUCCUGAUGGACUCAAGAUGCUCGAUCUACUGGUAUCUGCAAACAUGGGCCUUUGGUGGCAAGCUUGGGAGAAGAGUUUUUAG